GCUUCCUCGUGAUUCUGGCCGGAAAACCACGAGGAGCGGAGGAAGGGAGGAUUGCGAAUGCUCUCUUCCUCCUUCCUCUGCUUAGGCUCCGAUUCAUCGCAGCCCUAUUUGCCAAAGAACGCCAUGGAGGCGGCAACGAAGUUUCCACGCCGCUCGUCCUCGGCCCCCCGUCUCUUUAUUUUCACGCGGAUUCCUUUUGUCCCUUUUAACCGUAAGCAGUACCAUCCUACCCUCUGGAUCUUCUUUUCCGCCGCUUUCGCGGUCUUGCUCUUCCUCUACCUUCUUCAUUCUCCGAAAAGGAUUGACCCCCCCCGUUUCAGCGUUGUCAUCGACGCCGGGAGUACGGGUACUCGGCUCCAUGUCUACGGCUACACGAUCUCGUUGAAAACAACCCUUCCGGUGCUCGAUUUAGCCUCGACAUCUGAGAUGAAGGUGAAUCCUGGACUCUCGUCUUACUCGGGAGAUCCAGCGAGUGCAGGAGCUUCGCUGGUGCCACUUCUGGAUUUCGGAAAGGGGAAGGUUCCAAAGGAUCGGUGGGGUGAUACUGAGAUUAGGUUAAUGGCAACGGCGGGCCUUCGGAUGCUUGAUGAUGGAGUUAGGGAGAGCAUCCUGAAUUCUUGUAGGAUGGUUUUGACGAGCUCUGGGUUCCAGUUCCGGGAUGACUGGUCCAGUGUGAUCUCAGGCUCUGAUGAAGGGGUUUUUGCCUGGGUCGCUGCAAACUAUGCCCUUGGCAUGCUAGGAGGAGAUUCUCAAAAGACGACUGGGAUAAUUGAGCUUGGCGGAGCUUCUGCUCAGAUAACAUUUGCUACUAGUGAAGCCCUGCCAUCUGAGUUCUCACACAUGGUUAAGUUUGGAGGAGUUACUUAUAACCUUUAUAGCAACAGCUUCCUUGGCCUAGGUCAGAAUAUGGCUCAUGAAUCAGUUAAGAAUUUGCUCACUUCCAAAGAUCUGAAAUCAUCAGAAGCUUCUCCCGCCGAUAUGGUCUAUAUUGACCCCUGCUCUCCUAUUGGGUAUUCCCAUUCUAUGAUGUCACCUGCAGUCCAUUUUGCCAGGCCGAGUUCCAUUUUGGAACAUCAGUCCAUUGCUCAUGUUAGUGGCAACUUUUCAGAAUGCAAAUCUGUUGCAUUGAUGUUGUUACAAAAGGAAAAAGCUCCAGAUAGAUGUAUUUAUCAACAGUGUCAGUUGGGUUCAAAUUACGUACCUAACCUCCAAGGGAGAUUCUUAGCAACCGAGAAUUUUUUCUUCACUUCGAAGUUCUUUGGGUUGGGGCCUAUGCCGAGUCUAUCAGAUUUCGAGUCAGCAGGUCAACAGUUUUGUGAAGAAGACUCAAUGAAACUGAAAAGGAAAUAUCAAACUCUGAAGGAUGAAGAUUUCUCGAGUUAUUGUUUCUCAUCAGCAUACAUUGUGGCCCUUCUGCAUGACCAGCUUGGGAUAGGGAUGACUGAUAAAAGGCUCUGGUUUUCAAAUCAGGUGGACAAUAUCCAACUUGAUUGGGCUCUCGGUGCCUUCAUCAUGAAAACAAUGGAGCGUAUGGGUUGGACUGCUUCUCUGUCACAUGACUAUUUUUUCACGCUGCUUGGUAUCAUCCUACUAUGCUCACUCCUGAGCUUUAUAAUUUGGGUGAUUCUAAGAUUGCGAAAACCACAGUUGAAAACUAUAUACGACUUGGAGAAAGGGCAUUACAUUGUUACUAAAGUCGACGCAAUGGUUCGCAGGGAGAACUGCCUACAAAACCAACCGACACAUUUCUUCUUCAACUCUACGCCUCCUCCCUCUCCGGCCUGCACUGGCAUAUUCAAUAUGGAUCCCUCAGACUACAGCAGCGCUACCGACAUUGAUGUCGAUCAUGACAACACCCCUCAAACUACCUCCUUCUCCUACCCUUCCUCUCCCCGAGCCACCGCCGCCAACGCCGCUGUUGCGCUUCCGGGCAGCGAUAUCCUCCCUGUUUCCACCGGCCGAAUGCGUCGCCGCAGUAUAAUCGCCAAGGGAAUGCAGAAAACCCUGUCAAAAACAUCCAUGCUGGUAAACUUCCUCCCCACGGGCACUCUCCUCACCUUCGAGAUGCUCCUCCCGUCUGCCUCCGGAGACGGCACUUGCUCCCCUGUAAGCACGGCAAUGAUCUACAUCCUUCUCGCCAUCUGCGCUCUCUCUUGCUUCUUCUUCCACUUCACCGACAGUUUCCGCGCGACCGACGGCAAGGUUUACUACGGUUUCGUGACGCCCACGGGAUUGGCUCUUUUCAAGUCGGGAAAUUUGGGUGCGGAUGCAGGGAUAGAGGUCCCGCUCGACGACCGUUACGUGAUGCGGUUUGUGGAUCUCAUCCAUGCGGGGAUGUCUGUGCUGGUGUUCGCGGCCAUUGCUCUGUCGGAUCACAGGGUCACGAAUUGCUUAAUGCCUGGACACAGGAAGGAGAUGGAUGAGUUCAUGGAAAGCUUUCCGUUGAUGGUCGGGGCUGUCUGCAGCGGUCUCUUCCUCGUCUUCCCCAACACUCGCUAUGGAAUCGGAUGCAUGGCCGCUUAACUAUCUUUUGUUUUAUUCACUAAUUUUAACUGCUAUUAAUAUUUGUUGUGAUUAGUAUUGUCUACGUUGGCUUCUCCUAAUCAUCAUUUAGGAAUUAAUAACUUUUUGGGAUUGGAUCACCGAAUUUCAUUACCAGUAGCAUGCAUGCCUUUUGGUU